GUCUGACAGAAGAUCCAAAAAGAGUGAAUAACAGUUGAAGAAAAAAAAAAUCAUUUGUUGACUCAUAAAAUAUAUUAAUAAUGACUGCAAAGGAGUCGAAGGAGAGCAGCAUGAACAAUCUCUUUGCGGAGCUGCACAAGCAAGGCCAGAACGCCGAGUACGAGCGAGCCCUCAAAACCGCUAACCGAAUACUCGGUCUCUCGCAGGACAACGAAGCAGCCCUCCACUGCAAGGUUGUCAGUUUCAUACAGCUGUCCAAGUUCAACGAUGCCUUGCAACUCAUCAACAAGUUUCCCAAAUUGCUACCAAAUCUCGAGUUUGAGAAAGCUUACUGUCUCUAUCGUCUAAACAAAGUUGCAGAUGCUCUUAAAAUCAUCGAAAGCAUACAAAAUUUGUCUUUAAAAGUUAAGGAGCUCAAAGCUCAAGUGCUUUAUCGCUUGGAGAGAUAUGAGGAGUGUUUUGCUGUCUAUCGUGAUAUCAUUAAGAACUCCAACGACGAGUACGAAGAUGAGAGAGAAACGAAUCUAGCUGCUGUGCUAGUCCAUUUAGCAUACGAAGAUUCUCAAGUAGAUGUUCCAUCUUUAAGAGAGCAUACCUAUGAGUUGACCUACAAUGCUGCAUGCCAGCUUAUAGCGACGAUCACUAAUGGGGACAAAUCAAACUUGGCAAAGGCCGAGAAAAAGCUGCGUACUGCAGAGAAAAUGUGUCGUGAGUCUUUAGAGGAGGAAGGCAUGACGGAAGAGGAAGUCGAAGAUGAGCUUGGUAUCAUCAGAGUUCAGCUUGGCUAUUGUUUGCAAAUGCAAAGCAAGGAAAAAGAGGCUCAAGCCUUGUACACUGCUGCUCUGAAGAAAAGGCCUGAUGAUAUUGCUCUGGUUGCUGUAGCGAGUAACAACAUUGCGACCUUGAAUAAAGAUCAGAAUGUGUUUGACAGCAAGAAAAGAAUGAAAAAUGCCACGCAGGAAGGCUUGGAAUACAAGUUAACUUCUAGGCAGAGAAAGAGCAUUGGCUACAAUCAGUGUUUGUUGGCACUUUAUACAAAUCAGGGAGAACAAUGUCAGUCCUUUUGUAAGAAGUUUAUUCAAGAUUAUCCUGAUAUGAUGAUAGAAACCGUAACUGUGCAAGCUGUACAACUGGCCAAAGAAGGAAAGGCUAAGGAAGCUGUUAAAUUGCUCGACGAGCAGGCUAAGGGCGAACAUUAUCUCCCUUUGAAAUUGGCUUGUGUGCAAUUACUUUUAAGUAAUGAAGAAAGAGAAGAUGCCAUUAAGAUACUAGAGAAUUUGAAAGAAAAAGAAAAAUCGUUGCCCGGAAUCGUUAGUACACUUGUCACUUUGCACAUGGCUAAUAAUGAUAGAAUCAAGGCUUCUGCUGUUCUCAAGAAUGCUGUCAACUAUUACAAGAAAAAUAAGGAAAAUACAGGUAGUCUUGGAAAACUGUGGCGUCAAGCUGCAGACUUCCAUUUGCGAGGCGGAGAAGUUGCAGUUGCAGCUGCGAGUUUGGAGGAGCUUUUGGUGGCUUCGCCUUCGGAUACCAAGACGUUAGCCCAGCUGAUCAUUGCCUAUGCUGAGUUUGAUCCAGCAAAAGCACAUAGCCUGUCCAAGAGGUUGCCUUCGCUACACAAUUUGGCUGAAUCGACGGAUAUUGAUGCCUUGGAAAGUAGUAAUUGGGUCAUUGGAACAAAAGUUAUAAAGAAGAAAGUUGAAGCGUCACCAGGAAAGCCCGAUAUUAUGGAAAAAAAGCGCAAAAGGAAGAAGCGUAAAGGUAAAUUACCAAAAAAUUACGAUCCUAGUGUACCUUUAGAUCCAGAAAGGUGGCUACCCAAACACGAACGUACUGGAUAUAGAAAGAAACGAGAUAGGAGGAAUCGCGAUGUUGCCAUGAAAGGAACUCAGGGAGCUGCCACAGGAGCAAGCGAUCAGUUUGAUAUCACAAAAAUGUCAGCUUCCAAGCCAUCUCCAAACCCUCGGCAAAGUCCAGCUGCAGAACCAGCAGGUCCUAGACAGCAGCAGAGGAAGGUACAUCAGAAAAAGAAGAAAAAAGGUGGCAAAUGGUAAUCGAAAAUGUACGAAAGUAUAUACUUAUUCACAAGUGAGUUCAUUGUUAACACGUCGUGAAAUGUCGCUGCCGGAUUUGUACCAUUAUUAUACAAUUGCAGAACAAUGUGCAAUGACAACUAAUCAAGAGCUGUAAAGGUGUAUAUUGUCAUGGACUUUUUAUAAUG